UGUAUAGGAAGUGCAGAAAGUUGCUGUAAAAACACGGAUAGACACGACACAUGAUGUAUUAAGAAAGUUGCGACCCCAGAUGUGUUACAUCAUUAAAUCUCUCUAUGACGACCUUGAAUUAUCUUAUCGUGCACAGAGAGAAAAAAUGAUUGCUGACUUCAAUAAAAUUAUGAGAAAACAACAUCUCAAAUUGGAUACAAGAAUUAGGAAAGUAGAAAAGAAGAAAAUAGAGGAAUUGCGUAUUCAACAUCAUGAACUUGAGAUACAAAAUGUAAUGAAUAUUGUUUUUAUUCUUUGCAUGGAAAGAUUACGCAAUAGUUUACAAAUGCAUGCAAUACAUAAAUAUUGUGAGGAAAAGAUAGAAUCUUUGCAUGAACUUAUUGCUAAACAAGAUGACGAUAUAAACAUGAUGAAGGAAAGGCUUACAGGAUAUCACAACAAGAAUGUAAUGCUUCAAGAAAAAGUUACUGCUAUUACUAAGGAAUUUCAAAAAUUUAUAAAUUUUGCAUUUGAUGCCAUGCCAGAGCAUGCUGACUUUUUAUUGCCAUUAGAUUUAUUUUCUGUAGAUAGCACAAAUGAAGAAGACAAUAAGCAAGAAAAAAGUUGAUAGAUAAAUUAGAUAGAUAGAAAGAUCUUGUAGAAAAUUUUAAUUGCAACAAGAAUUUAUAUAUCGAGAAAAAACAGAUAAAUUAAUAGAAUAAAAAGUUUAAAUUUGGCUCUUACAAAAAUACACUGACAAUAAAUGUUAUAGAAGCAAGAGUAUAUUUUUUUGUAUACAUAUUGUAAUUACAUCAAAACAUAUAACAUGGAAGAAUACAAAAAA